AUGCAAGAAUAUUGCAUAUCAGACCGUGCGAAGAGGCAGAAGCUUGAAGAAAUGAAUGAGAAGAGGAAAUCAAGAAACAGCGAGAGGUCGCACCAGAAGCCAUGGCAUUCCGACCAGUCGAAGCAAAGAACUGUCAAUAGCGUCUCCGAGGAAGAGUCACGUGAAACCAGGCACCACAAGAACAAGGGCGGCAGAGACCAACGCGAAGACAGAUCUAGCCGCGAAGACAGAUCUAGCCACGAAGAUAGAUCUGGCCGCGAAGACAAGACCAGCCAUGAUAACAGGUCCAACCGUGAAGACAGAUACAAUCGCGAAGACCACUACCAGAAAGGCCGAAGAGAAAAGGGGGGCCGAAGGGAAAAAACACCAUUUUGCUAUUUCCAUGGGAAGGACCAAGGUCAUUGGACCAAUGAAUGCACAAUCACAAUUGAAACGAAGGCAGAGCUCGAACGCAAAAAUGCACAAUCAGCAAAACCAGUAAAUUACACUUCGCAACCACCGCAUCCAGUUCCUCUUCCACAAACCACCUGGACCCCAACACCAAAUUGGCCAGUAUCAUACCCAGUUUACAACUACAACCCAUCAUACACACCUCCAAUGUCAUUGCCUUCGCAACAAUCCAUGCCACCACCUUCGCACCAGUCGAUGCCGAUGCUACCCGCUCCGCAGUACGCCAACACAUGGUCAAGGAGCUCCACGCCUCUACCCCCACCACCGAAGAUUGAGCCAGGACAGAUACCGGAAAGAGCAGGCGACGGACCAUACGGCAGCAUGGUUAACAUCAUCAACGCCAUCUCCGGAGGAUCCAAUGAACCGGUUCAUGAGAUGAAGAGGCAACGUAAAGAAUACUUCAGAACUGUCUCUCAUGUGAGCGAAGGCAAAUGUUUUCGAACUCCGUGGUCGCAUGUCCCCAUAACUUUCACACAGGCUGAUCUUCGGCUGCAACACUACCCUCACAAUGAUCCCCUUGUCAUCAGAGCCAACAUCGGCAAGAAUUCAGUACACUUCGCAGGGAAUGAUGUCGGAAGGAUCUUGGUCGACAAUGGUAACUCCGCAGACAUUCUGGUAUGGCAAUACUUCGUCAAGAUGGGGUUCAUAGAGCAAGCUUUGAAGAAACCACAGUACCCUCUCAUUGGCUUCGGAGGCAAGAGAAUCGAGGCCCUCGGCAAGAUAGAGCUCAACGUCAUGUUCGGCGAAGGGGUCACGCAAAGAACAGAAGAAAUAACCUUCGAUGUGGUGGACAUCAAUUAUCCUUACAAUGCCAUCUUCGGCCGCAACACGCUGGUGAAGUUUGCAGCUGUAAUCCAUCAGCCAUAUCUAUGCAUGAAGAUACCUUCGGCAGGGGGAGUCGUGAUCGUCUACGACAAUCAAGAAGAAGCGUGCAGGUGCGAAGAUAACGCGUACAACACCAACAAGACUGUGCAUGCCAUUGAGGCGUCCGAAGAGGACACAAAAACAUUUGUUGCCGAAGACAUGCGAAGAGCUAAUAAAAACGAAGGGGUCUCACCAACAGAACAUACAAAGAAGGUACCAUUAUGCGAAGAUGUGCCUGAUCGUAUGGUGAUCAUCGGCAAAGAGCUCGAGGAGCACGAAGAGGCAAGACUCAUACAGUUCCUGAGGAACAAUCAAGACGUCUUCGCAUGGUCUUCGUUCGACCUGCGAGGAGUUAGUCGAGAAGUCAUUGAGCAUACGCUUACAUUCAACCUGAAGGCAAAACCGAUAAAGCAGGGGCAGAGGUCAAUGUCCGAAGAGAGGAAGAAAGCAGUGCAGGGUGAGGUGCAGAAGUUGCUAGACGCAGGUGUCAUUCGCGAGGUGCAAUACCCAGAGUGGCUGGCAAAUGUGGUCAUGGUACCGAAGAAGAAUGGGAAAUGGAGAAUGUGCAUCGACUUCACCAACCUCAAUAAGGCUUGUCCGAAGGAUGAAUACCCUUUGCCUCGCAUCGACACAUUGGUCGAUGCGGCGGCCGGCUCAGAAAUGCUGAGCAUGUUGGAUUGUUUCUCUGGCUAUCACCAGAUUUUCAUGAAUAAGGGGGACGAAGAAAAAACAAGUUUUACCACUCCCUUCGAGACAUACUGUUACAUUAGGAUGCCAGAAGGCCUCCGCAACGCAGGCUGUACAUUUAACAGAAUGAUCAAUAAGGUGCUCGGGGACCAGCUAGACAGAAACAUCUCCGCAUAUGUGGAUGACGUGGUCGUUCGGAGCAAGAAAAAAGAAGAUCACACAUAA